UUCAAGGUUUAUUGAUGUGUUUGUUUUUGUUGCAGGAAAAGUUGGCAUAUUUUAGAAUAAAAGAGCUUAAGGAUGUUCUCACUCACUUAGGUCUUUCAAAGCAGGGGAAGAAGCAGGACCUUGUUGACCGGAUAUUGGUUGUUUUAUCUGAUGAUCAAGUUUCUAAAUUGUGGGCAAAGAAGAAUGCUGUGGGGAAGGAACAGGUGGCACAGCUUGUAGAUGACAUAUAUAGAAAAAUGCAAGUGUCUGCAGCCCCUGAUUUAGCGUCAAAGGGACAGGGUGUCUCAGAUAGCAAUAAUGUGAAAGUCAAAGGGGAAAUUGAUGAUCACUCUUUUCAGUCAUAAACAAAGGUUCGGUGCCUCUGUGGGAUUUCAUCAGAAAAGGAGUCAAUG